AUGACUCUCGGGUCAUUGCCUGGACCAACGCUCCCCGGGAAAACAGAGGUCGCAUCACUCUUCAACCAAAGUAAACACAAAUUACAAAAAUACAAGGAUUUUGAGUAUUCCAGACCAAUUGCAGCCGUCCACAAUGGGAUCCGCCUUUUGCUACUCAGGCCGGGCGGAUUUAUCGAUGACAUCCAAAGCGACCUCGUGGACGUCUGCUUCGACGAUGAGCUUAGUUACGAGGCACUCUCGUAUACUUGGGGUGACGGGAGGUCACAGCGUCCGAUCCGUGUCAACGGAUCCCGGCUAGAUGUCUCAGCGAACCUUGGGGUGGCGCUGCGUCACUUACGAUCCCUAACUGCCACGAGAGUUCUGUGGAUUGAUGCGCUUUGCAUCAACCAGGGUGACUAUGAGGAGAGAUCGGAUCAGGUCAAGAAGAUGUUCCAAAUCUACCGGCGGGCGACGAAUGUCAUUGCUUGGCUGGGAAAAGAGACUCGGGGCAGCGGGGAUUCGAUGGCCCUUGUUACGGACUUUGCUAUGUUCCUCAGGGGAAAUGGUGUUGUCGACUUGGAAUCGGCCCAGAAUUUCCACAAUCGCGCCAAAAAGUCACGAAAAGAAACGAGGCUGGGAAUCCUUGUGGACGCUUUGAGGCGGGCAUACUGGAGCCGGAUGUGGAUAUUGCAGAAACUGGCUGCACGAGGAUAUUGGGGGAGUAAAGACUCAACACCAUGUACUCUUCAGUGCGGCUCGCAUACCGCAUCUAUGCACGAUCUUCAAACGAUGUUUGAUCAUUUCAACAUCAUGUGGUCAUGGUAUUCUCCGAGUGAGGUCGGGGAAUGGCGCCUUCAGCAGCCGUUCAAGUCAUUCACGAGACAGGGCUUCAUGGAUCCCCAGGGCUUUACCAUGUGCGCCACUCUGGGAUUGUUUCACCUUGACCGUACUGCCGGAGGAUCGACGCUGAAGAGGUUGCUGCACUUGUCGCACCCUCUGGACGCCUCGGGAGACCGUGACAAGAUGUAUGCCCUUCUCGGUCUCGUGUCCCAAAACCAUGCAAUAAGUCCAGAAUACACCAAAUCGCUUUCAGAUAUCUUGAUAGACUAUGUCAGGAACAGCGUCGAGACAGAUGGCUCUUUGAAUACUCUCUUCUCGAAUCGUUUGUAUCCGUGCGAGUCAGGGCUGCCAACAUGGACGCCAGAGAUUCGUAAGAAAUGGCAUGCUCCGUGCCAAUGGGAAAAGCAUGGGAUUGACACAUUGUUCAAAGCCAGUGGCAACAAGAAGGCAGAUGUCGAAUUCAUCCCACACCAGGACAUGAAUCAAGAAUCGGUAAUUCUGCGCGCCAAGGGUGUGGUCAUUGGCGAGAUUGACCAUGUCAUCGGCCCUUGUCGCAUCGAUGAUCUCGUACAACGUACAAUCAUGAAAAGAUUUUCCCAAUUUAUCCACCGAGGAAGGUAUGAGUUAUUCAUGAUGGAGCUCAGCCAAUUUGCAUACGAUCUCGAGAAUGGGUCAGCUGACUACGGCUCCUUCUGGCGAACCUUGGUCUUGAAUAGAAAUGAGGAUGUUAAUGACACGCGGCAAGCCUCCAAGGGUCUGCGCAUCGGAGGGGUCAUCGCACUCCGAAGAGACUGGUUACAAGCAAAAGAAAUGGCAGAGGUCGCCGCGGGUGAGGAUGGCGUGAAGCAUAGAAACACCUUCCGCCGGUGCGUAUACAGAUGCUUGAUGAACCGUACCUUUUUCAGGGCCAGGGGCCACAGCUAUACGUACAUGGGCCUCGGGCCGUACGACGCCCGCCCUGGAGAUCUGGCGGUCGUUUUGUUUGGGUCAGAUCAGUGUUUGGUGUUGCGACCCAGGGGAGAAGAGAUGGAGGGAUAUAAUGUGAUCGGGACGGCAUAUGUUCACGGCGCGAUGCGGGGAGAAUUGGUAGAGGAGCAAGAUGUGCAACAGAGUGUAUUCGAUCUCUACUAA